UAGGUGGAGCCAGUCAACCCCAUUAGAAUAAAGGUAAACAGAUUCAACCCAAUUAUAAAUGGAAGAAGAAAGAUGUGCCCUCUGUCACUGAUGGUUGCAGAGGGUGGUGACUGUCUAGAGAGCCAAGGUGCAGCAAAGAGAAGCGCCAGAGCAUGAGCUCCAAGUUCAGAACCAUAGGGGUUAUCGGAGCUCCCUUCUCAAAGGGUCAGCCACGAGGAGGGGUGGAAGAAGGCCCUAGAGCAUUGAGAAAGGCUGGUCUGCUUGAGAAACUUAAUGAACAAGAGUGUGAUGUGAAAGAUUAUGGGGACCUGACCUUUGAUGACGUCCCUAAUGACAGUCCCUUUGGAAUUGUGAAGAAUCCAAGGACUGUAGGGAAAGCGACCGAGCAGCUGGCCAGCAAGGUGGCAGAAGUCAAAAGGAACGGAAGAGUCAGCCUGGUGCUGGGCGGAGACCACAGUUUGGCAAUCGGAAGCAUCUGUGGCCAUGCCAGUGUCCACCCUGAUCUAGGGGUCAUUUGGGUGGAUGCUCACACUGACAUCAACACUCCACUGACAACCACAACUGGAAACUUGCAUGGACAGCCUGUGUCUUUCCUCCUGAAGGAAUUAAAAGGAAAGGUCCCUGAUGUGCCAGGAUUCUCCUGGGUGACUCCCUGCAUAUCUGCCAAGGAUAUUGUGUAUAUUGGCUUGAGGGACGUGGACCCUGGGGAACAAAAGAAAAGGCCAAUUCAUCUGAGUUUUGAUGUUGAUGGACUGGACCCAUCUUUCACACCAGCUACUGGCACACCAGUCAUGGGAGGUCUGUCCUACAGAGAAGGACGCUAUAUCACAGAAGAA